AUGCACAGUAAUUUGGAAUUCAGUUGCAGAAUUCCUCACCACUAAAUAGUCAACAAGAAAAUUGUCUAUGUCAUGAUAUUCAUUUCGCACUCUUAUUGCUCUGCAAAGGUCUAACAUCUUAGAUAUUCAGAUGCUGAAAAAUUGCAUAUGAAAUUGGAUAAGUCAUUAUAAUAAUUGCGUAUUUCGGUCAAUUUACCUUAAUUUCCUGGCAAGAAACUAUUUGGUAGUCAUAAUGAUUCAGAAUAAGGAAUUUUAAGGCGUAGAACUGAAUUACAAGACUAUUUCAACCAAUUACUUAAAAUUGAUAAACUAUAUUCCAUCCCUUAUAUGAAAUCCAUGUUGCCCAAUAUCAUUGAGAAUAAAAAUGAAAUUACUUAAUUCUCUUAGAAUAAGUAUUAUAAUAUAAUAAAUGCACUUAGACCAGAAUAAUAAUACAACUUUAUUAUUGAUUCAUUCUAGCAAUUAGACACGUUUGUACUGUAUUUCGUUCAAGUUCUAGAUAAUUUUAAUAAAACUAAAUGGAGAUUCAAAACUAGAUAUUCAGAUUUGAGAGAUAUUCACUAAGCUCUUAAGGAAUAAAUCAAAGUUAAUAUACCUGAAUUCCCUAAAAGGAAGAUUUUUGGAAUCACAAAUGAUGAUCCCUAAGAAAUUGAAAAUAGAAAAAGAAAUUUAGAAAUCUAUUUAAAUUCUAUUUACGCUAUUCCAGAAUUAUCAUGUACAGAUAUUUUAGAUUACUUCAUUCAAAAUAGUAGAAGGGAAUCCUAAAAACUAUAAAAAUUUGAUGAAUAAAAAUUGCUAUUAAAAUUAAAACUUCAACAAAAAUAAUAAAAACAGUAAUAAAUAGAACAAUUGUAAAAAAAACUAUUGAAUAUUGAAAAUCCAGAUAGUGAUGAUAAAACAGAAAAGCAAUCUUUGAAACUAAUCUCAUAAAUCCCUAGAAAAGGACUAUUCGUCAUUAAAGAGCUAAUAGAUAAAUAUGAGGAUGAUAAUACUACGUUAGUAAGAUACGGUUGCUUAUCUACUCAAACAUUAAAUACUGUAGGUAUUAAUCAAAUGUCUUCAAUUUCUUUACAAGAGAAUCCAUGCGAGAAGGAGAACUUAUAAAUAACUACACAACCUAAAGCAGGAUAAAUUAUCAUAAAUGACCUCAAAAAUGAUAUUUUAACAUAAUUUGAAGAUAGAAAAGAGGAUGUUUAAUCAACCGAUUAAAAAUGA